AUGCUACAACUAAGCAAAACUUAUAUGCAGCAACCAAGUGAAACAUAUAUGCAAGAGCUAGAUAAAACUUAUAUACAACAACCGGGUAAAACUUAUAUACAACAACCAGGUACAAAUUAUAUACAACAAGUAGAUGAAACUUAUAUGCAACAACUGGGUGGCGACAAAGCUUAUAUACAACAAGUAGACGACGAAGCUUAUAUGCAAUAUCUUUUUCAACCAACUGAUGAAUCUUUUUAUGAACAACUUAUGAAUAAUGAAAAUAAUCCUUUUAAUUUACCUUAUUUAUCUUCAGAUGAAUAUAGCUUAAAUGAUAUUAGACAAUUGUUUAAUGAUUCUGAUGAAAUUGAACAAUUGUCUAAUAAUUCUGAUAAAAUUGAACAAAUUAUCUGUUGA